AUGGAUUUGGAGGCGGCACAAGCCCUCUCAGCAAGCUUGGCUCAAGUGGAAAAACAAGGGUCCAUCAGUGUCAUGAACCACGAACUCGCCAGUGUCAUAAUGUCCGCCCGCCAACCUUCAGUAUUAACCAAUCAACUGUCAGCUUCCAAUCAAGAAGCAGCCAAUCAAGGUCUUUCCAUUCAGCAAAGUGAAUUUCCUGAUCUGCGGGGGAACGUUUCAAAUGUGGUUAAGCAGCAAAAUGGUUCAUCACAAACUCCGAACACGUCAGUACCACCACCAUCCACAUCAGCGUCUCAAGCGCCAGAACCUUCCAUGGCUAACAGACUUGCAAUGACGCGUGGCCUUUCGGUUAGAAGUGGCCAGUUAUUUCAUACUGAAUUUCCAAGUUUGAAUGUCAAGACGACCAAGAGGCCAGCCCUGCCAAAGAGCUCUGUCUGGUCCAAGACAACACCAUCCACGAAUUCAUCCACCACCAAGUCUGAAGCGCACACUGCGUGUCACCAAGCAGGUCCCAGCAGAUCAAAGAUGGCUCUUCAGUCAACCGUGGCAGACGACUUUCCAGCACUGCAGAGCAACAAAAAGAAAACCAACCAACUACCGAACCAAACAAACGAUUUCAAACAGAGCCAGUCGGCAGGCAACUUGCAAAGCUUAGCCAUGCAGUGGAUCGGCACGACAAACACCGAUAGUCGUCGUGAUGGUGGAAGUGAGGAAGAGGAAGAUGGUGAUGAUGCUUAUUCACGAUUGGGUGCUGUCGGUGGGAGGUGGAUAAACAAGAAGAGAGAUGAUAACAGGAACGGUGAUGUGGAGUUCACCAAAAUGGAAAACAAUAUGGUCAAGCUGACUAAAAAAAAUGUGAAAAAUGCUAAUUCAAGUCAUCAUCCCACUGUUACGACAUCAAAUAAGUUUGAAGCUUUCGAGCAAUUGAAACCAACUCCUACUCAAAAUCAUGAUAAGCAUCAGCAAGUGAAACAUCAGCUGCCAUCCCAGCAGUUAAAAGAUAAAACAACUACCAUUAAUGAGAAAAAAAAUAAGAAGAACAAAAAGAAUAAAAAUAAAGUGCAUCACGAGGGUAAAGUUCCAUCCAACCAACCGAAGGAAAACGAAGCAGUGCCCAGUAUGAAUACCAGUGCAAAUACUAACAAUGCAGCACUGAGUGAUGAUGAUAAUAAGAAGAAGGAAGGUAUCAGAACAUCUGCUGCAAAUAACAAUUCUGAUGGUUCAACUCGGGAGGGUGAGGACUCUGCAAACAUGUUCGAAGAUGCAGACGAAGAUUUUUCCGGAAAUGAGGUGAAGAAGAGCGUAGAGAGUAGGGAUACUGCUGGCGGUGAUGGAAAAGUGGGUGGUGGUGAAAAAAGCAUUGAUAGACUGAUGGAUGGUAGAUUAAAGGGAAUCAUAAAGGAUGAUGUUGUCUACACUCACUUGUCCAGUCAUGAACAUUUUCCACCGUUGUCUUCUAUGUCAUCAUCGUCGAAGUUGACAUCAUCUUUAUCAUCGCCGUCAGUUGAUGCGGAAGCAACGAGCAAUGUGCCUCGAGCAACAUCAUCCGCACCGACUCAACAACACUCGCUGUCGUCUUCAUCAUCGUCGUCAUCGUCAGUUGUUAAUACGACUCCGCAAAUUUCGUCAUCACCUUCAGCACAGUCGUUGUCGUCAUCGUCCUUAGUUCAACCUGGCUCGACAUCUUUAUUGCAACUUCCCACUCGACCAUCAACAACAAUGCAACAGUCCUCGUUACCAUCGUUAUCAACAUUAUCAGCAUCACAACAACAACCUGCACCGUCGUCUUCAUCAUCUGCAUUCAGACCGCCUCCUGGCUUUCAAUCCAUAGUUAAACCACCACCACCAGGUUUUGCAUCUAUGCCAGUGCAAAGAACACCGCCAGUGUUAACGUCUGCAGCUGCUGCAACUUCAACAACAAUAUCUUCCAUAUCAACAUCAACGGCAGUAUUACCUUCAGAAGUAACAAAUCUUACAUCAUUUUCAACAAUGAAAGACGUUGAAAGGGAUUUCCCCAAACUACCUAGCAACGGACCACCGGGCUUCAACACUAGACCUUCCAAUGCCGCUACCACUAAUAAUGUUUCUUAUAACAGUGACAAAUUCCAACGACUCCGGCAAUCCCUAAUAGACUCAUGCAGCAGUUAUUUGGCUGAAUCAUCACAUUCGGGUCUCUUCAAUGUUAUUGCUUCAUCUGUGCAACUUUUGAAUGAGGGUCGCACCACUGCCGCAAUCUUCCAUCAAAUGUGUCUCGAUGAGUUGACCAAAAUUGUGUCCACGUCAGCAUCGGCAGCAACAACAUCCUUGGCUUACGACUUAUUGAGCGGCGUUUUGACGGAGUUGUUGCAGUGUGUGAAGAGUUUUGAGUUGAGGUCGCAAGUGCAUCAGGUGCAUCUCAGUAGGAAGCCACCAGGAAGUGACGUCAGUGGCAUCGGUGGUGGUGAGGAUGACGACGAUGAUGGUGCUGAUCAUAUGAGGUCACUGCUGCUCAACAAAUACUCUGCUCAAGAUUUAAACUCAACUUCUUUACUGGUCAAUACUGAUGAUGAUGAGUAUGAUUAUGGUUCUGGUGAUUAA